AUGGUGCCUCCUCAGGGAAGGAAGAAGGCGCAAGGCCGUCGAAAGAUCGAUAUAAAGCUGAUCGAAGACGAAAAUGCACGAACUGUAACCUUUUCGAAGCGUCGUGCCGGGAUUUUCAAGAAAGCAGCCGAGCUUUCAAUCCUAUGUGGCACCGAGAUCGCCAUCAUAAUCUUCUCCCACAGCGGCCGAGCCUACUCGUAUGGUCACCCGAGCGUUGAAUCGGUUGCGGGCCGCUUCUUCAACAGGAACCCGCUCCCAAAUUUGCACGGGCCCAAUAACGACGAGCUGGCCCACCUUAAAGAGGAGUGCGAGCGGAGGGCCCAAGUACUGGAGGUCCAAAAGAGGAGAGCGAAAGAGCUGGAGGCAGAGCUGGAGCGCUUGGGUUUGACUGACGAGCAAUUGGGCCAGCUCGACUCUGACCAUCUCCAGGAUAUCAAGGAGAAGAUGGUGAAGCUGAGGGACAGUAUGCUCAGGCGGCAGGUUCAGGAUGAGGCCGGUCCCUCGGGUAUGGGUACAAUUGCUGCUGCUGAUGGUACCACUGUUUUUGUUGCUGCUGGUAAUUAUAUUGAUCUAGAGAAAGAAGAGAGAGAAGAAAGGGAGUGGUGUGGUGAUUCUGGGAUUCCGGCUGACUGGCUGAAGCUGUGA